ACUCCUACCUCGGCCGGCAAGUGGCAGCUGCAACGGCCAUUAUUUUCUCGCCAUCCGUCCAAUCCAUCCUCCGUCCCCGGUCAUCGUCUCCACUCGCCACCCCCACCCCACCACCCCUACCCCAUAAAACCCCACUCACCGCCGCCCGCGGCCGCGCAUUAGUUCCCGCCGCGCGCUCGCAGUUCCGCAUUCACUCCGCCCCUGCCCCCGCCGACCGGACCGAGAUCAAUCAGAUGGGCGGCGGAUCCGGCGGCAGGGGGAAGGGGAUGCCGCGCGCGAUGGCGCCGGUGGAGGAGGUGGACGUCGCCGCCGUGCGGUACAAGCCGGCGGAGCUGCAGGCGCCGCACCUCACGGGGUUCCCGCUCCGGGCCUUCGUCUGGCUCCUCGAGUCCCCGCUCCUCGGCCCCCUCGUCACCUCCAUCCUCAAGAAGCAGAACAACAUGACGCAGAUGCUGCAGCACACGGUGAUCCCCGACCGGCCCAUGUUCUUCCCGGAGUUCCCGCCGCAGGAGCCGGAGCAGGGGGUUGUGAUCCUGGGGGAAGACAGGGACCCUGUGGAGAGAGUGGAGGAAGCACUGCAGUGCCUCACUCCAUACGACCCGUCCGGGCGUUUCACAUCGUCUUAUGAGAAAAAUCCCUUUCUCUACUGGAAGAUCCGUGACUUUGCACACGCGUACCGUUCUGGGAUCACGACACCGUCAGCUGUUGCGGAGCAUGUCAUUGCGGGCGUGGAAGAGUGGAACAAUAAGAAGCCUCCGAUGCCAAUGCUGAUCUAUUUUGACGCUGAUGACCUGAGGAAGCAAGCUAAUGCUUCCACAAAGAGAUUUGAGCAAGGAAGCCCGAUUUCUGUUUUGGAUGGGAUCUUUUUCGCCAUUAAGGAUGACAUUGACUGCUUCCCAUAUCCAUCAAAGAGUGCUACCACAUUUUUCGACAAAAUCCGCCCUGUGGAGAAAGACGCAGUCUUAGUUGCUCGUUUACGGAAAUGUGGAGUGAUUUUUAUUGGGAAAGCAAAUAUGCACGAGCUAGGCAUUGGGGUCACAGGAAACAAUCCAAACUAUGGGACAGUAAGAAAUCCACAUUCAAUCGAUAGAUAUACCGGUGCUUCUUCAUCUGGUCCAGCUGCACUUGUCUCAUCAGGGUUAUGCUCAGCAGCAAUUGGAACAGACGCCGGAGGCUCAGUUCGAAUACCAUCCUCCCUAUGUGGCAUUGUUGGUUUGAAGACAACAUUCAGGCGCACAGAUAUGACCGGGGUGCUUUGCGAUGCUGGGACUGCUGCAGUUGCUUCACCUCUUACAGCAUCGGUGGAGGAUUCUAUGCUAGUGUAUUCUGCACUUGCAGGCUGUAGACCUAUGGAUAAGCUUACUCUGAGACCUUUGCCGCUGUGUGUUCCUAACUUGGUGUCCUCUGAGAACAACGAUAUCCUGCAAUCAGUGAAAGUGGGAAAAUACACAGAGUGGUUUCAUGAUGUUUCUGAUAUUGAGAUCUCAAAUACAUGUGAGGAUGCACUUAGCCUCCUGCGCAACACCUUCGGAUGUCAGAUAGAAGAGAUAAUAUUACCAGAGCUUUUGGAGAUGCGUACUGCCCAUCUUGUCACUAUUGGCUCAGAAGGAUUCUGCCAGCUGAAUGCUCAUUACCAAGAAGGGAGGCGAACUGAAAUGACGUUAGAUACUCGAGGAAGUUUGGCACUUUUUGGGUCAUUCACUUCAGCAGAUUAUGUUGCUUCUCAACGUCUGAGGAGAAGGAUGAUGUACUAUCACAUGGAAGCUUUCAGGAAGGUUGACGUCAUAGCAACCCCUACAACCGGCAUUACUGCACCAAGAAUACCACCAAGUGCUCUGAAAGGAGAGUCUGAUUAUAUUGUAUCAGCUAAGUUGAUGCAAUUCAUUGUUGCGGGGAAUCUUCUUGGCUUUCCUGCCAUAACUGUUCCGGUUGGUCAUGACAAGCAAGGCCUUCCUAUCGGCUUGCAACUGAUAGGCCGUCCGUGGGGUGAGGCUAGCUUACUGAGGGUGGCUUCGGCUGUAGAGGAGCUCUGCCUGAAGAGAAGGAAUCGUCCGUCCACAUUCUAUGACAUCCUACAGACCUGAAGCAUCAUCAGUAUGUAAUAUCAAGAGAAAAGUAUACUUUUCGUCCCUCAACUCUUCGUGGAGUCUAGAUUUGGUCCCUCAACUUCAAAACCGGACAACUUGCACCUCCAACUAUCAAAACCGGACAAGGUUCGUCCCUGGUUUCGGUUUUGACCGGUUUUGGUGCUGAGUCACCCCGGUUUUGACCGGUGCUCACUCAAAUUCACGGAAACUUUUUUUAUAUCCGUGGACUUUUUGAAAUUCACACACACACUUUUCAAAUCCACGUAGUUUUUUCAAGGUCACGUAUUUUUUUCAAAAAGAAACAUACUUUUUUCAAAUCAAUGAACUAUUUUGAAAUUUACGUACUUAUUUCAAAUUCAUGUUUUUUUUAAAUUUGCAUUUUUUUUCAAAUCUGCGUAUUUUUCCCAAGUUUGUGUAAUUUUAUCAAAUCCAAGUAUGUUUUUCAAAUCCAUGAACUGUUUCUGAAAUUCACGUACUUGUUCCAAAUCUGGAUACUUUUUAAAAUUCAUGUAUUUUUUUCAAAUCCGUGUUCCUUUUCUAAUCCAGGAACUUUUUUUGAAAUUCACGUACUUGUCUCAAGUUUACAUGAUUUUUUUAAAUCAACAUAUUUUUGCGUAAAAAAUAGACAAAUCCGUGUACUUCUCUCAAGUUUGCAUAAAAAUUUCAAAUUCAUGAACUCUUUCCAAAAAAAUGUACGCGAAUAUGAAAAGUAUAUCAAUUUUAAAAAAUUACAUGAAUUUGAAAAAACUACAGAAACUUUCAAAAGGUACGCAGAUUUGAAAAAAGUACGUGAACUUGGAAAAAGUACACAAAAUUUUAAAAAAGUUCAUGCAUUUGAAAAAGUACCAUAAUUUGAAAACAUUACGCGGACUUGAAAAAAGUACGCAAAUUUGAGUCGGCAUGGUCAAAACCGGGGUGGGACAGCACCAAAACCGGUCAAAACCAUGACCAGGGAUGAAUCUUGUUCGGUUUUAGAAGUUAAGGAUGCAAGUUGUCCGGUUUUACAGUUGAGGGACCAAAUCUAGACUUCGCCAAAAAUUGAGGGACGAAAAGUAUACUUUUCUCUAAUAUCAAUAGUGUGUAAGAGGUUUGUCAUUUGUCAUUUGUGAGGACUCAGGAUAGACAUGGCAAACCCUUCUCCAGGUUAGGUAAACUGAGAAAAUAAUUCCACCAGAGAUAUUGCAGCAACAAAUAAGUAAGCAAGGUAGUAUAUAAAAAAUCGUUUGGAUGCUUGGGAUAUCUCUGCCAGUUUGCUUGUUCUUCUGGAUUACGAUUCAUCUGCUUGUAAUGUUCUUGAUCUGGCUCGUCUCUGUACGUCGAACAGAGGCAGAGGUGUAACUGGGCUAUCCAUUA